AUGCCAAAUAUGGGGGCACCGACGCCUCCAACGAUGUUCCCGGAGCCUCCGAUGCCGACAGUUGGCUUCGCGUCGACAAGCUCGAGUAUGUUCUUCCCAACAGGCCAGAUGAACCCCAUGCAGACGUCGACUAGCUUCACUUCAAGCUCUUCGAUGGCUGUCUCUGGUGUCACAACGUCGACACAAGGAUACGCGAUGAGCUCCGGGGUACAGACGUUCACGCCCAACGCGUACAUGACCUCCACGAGUGGACCCCCGAGCUCGUCUGCUGCAUUUAUGAACCAGCAAAACUACAUGAUGGGCGGCGGCAUGAUGAAUCCGCAACAACAGCAGUUUAUGCCCAUGCCCAUGCCCAUGAACUUGGCGUCUUCUGGGAAUAUGUACGACAACAACAAUUACGGCAUGUCUUCAGCAUCGACAUCAGCGAACAACGUCAAUGGCAACAACAAUAGUAGCAGUAACAACUUUCCCGUGGAUCCGUUUAUGACGCCACUUGGGUUCGGCCCCGAUGCAAGCUUCGGAUCAACGGGAUUCCCCAUGACUGGGAUGUCAAACAUGCCCAUGCAGCAACAGCAGAUGAUGGGGUCUAUGAACGCGGUCAACUUCGGAGCACAAGGAGCGUCGAUGAUGCCCAACAAUUUUGGAUAUGGGGCAGCACCAAAUAUGAUGCCACAGCCAUUACCGACACAGCAGUUCCAGCCCACGCCUCAGUCUUUCCAGCAACAAAAUCAGCUCCAACAGCAGAGUGGAGUGGGGUCCAUGAGCAUGUCUCCAGACUCAGCAUUAUACGGGGACAGCAACGUAAAUAUCUUCGAAGGGCUGACAGAUGAUGCCUUCUUUCCAAUGCAAUGA